UCCCAUAUCAAACAUCAUGUCUUCUGUUCUCCUAAUCUUUUAACACAUUUUUUUUCUUUUCCUUUUUGUUCUUUCAAAACCUCCCCUAGGCUAGAGCUAGUAGAGCUGCCUUUCUCUGUCCUUUUCUCGCUCUAUUUCAUGUUUUAAAUAUAUUGAUCUUGAUUGCGCACCACUGCUUUUAGAGCGAGGGAGAUCAAGGAGAUCCAUCAGGAUGGGACAUCACUCAUGCUGCAAUAAGCAGCAGGUGAAGAGAGGGCUAUGGUCACCGGAAGAAGAUGAGAAACUCGUCAAUUACAUUUCAACCUAUGGUCAUGGUUGCUGGAGCUCUGUCCCAAAAAAUGCCGGCCUGCAGAGAUGUGGAAAGAGCUGCAGAUUAAGAUGGAUAAACUAUCUCAGACCUGACUUAAAACGUGGGAGCUUCUCUCCUGAAGAAGCGGCCCUCAUCAUUGAACUCCAUAACAUUCUAGGAAACAGGUGGGCUCAGAUAGCCAAGCACCUACCAGGAAGAACAGAUAAUGAGGUUAAGAACUUUUGGAAUUCAAGCAUAAAGAAGAAGCUUAUCUCUCAAGAGGUUUCUCCUGCAGCUAUAACCACCUUUCCCGAUACGUACUGUUAUCAUGGUAAUUCUGAUCAGGAAAGUUUCCUCUCUCUAAAUGAAAACCCUAGUUGGAUCCUUAGUUCUCAACAUGAACAGAACCAGCUCUACCUUCCCAAUCCAACCCCAUUGUUACAAGAAGUAACCUUUGACCAUGGAGAUAUAAACUUAGAUCAGAACACCAAUUUUGGUGCCAAUUUGAUUCAUUUUCCUUUCCAAAUAGCACCACCAUCAAAAUCUGUCUCUAAUGAAUCCCAAUGGUCCCAUCAACUUGAUCCAAGUCAUGAAGAACAUAAGAAUUUCAGCACAGGGGCAACAAGGCAUUAUCUCGAAGAUAACCUUAUAUUGGAUCCAACCAUCGCAGUACCGCAUUAUAAUCAUGAGGAUUCGUUAACGGUGCCUGCGAUGCCAAAGCUUUGUGCGAUCAUUAAUGGUGAUGUUUGUAGCAUGACAUUUUCAUCUGCUACGCAAGAUUGUGAAUUACUUGAUCACCGGCUUGCUAGAUCAGUACUUCCAUGUUUUCCAACAACUGGUUCCAAUUAUCCACCUCAUGAUCCAGUACACAUGAUGUCCAAUCAUCAAAUGGAGUACAUCAACGCCAUCACGACACCAUCAUCUUCUCUAUCGGCAUGUUCCUUCUCACCAUUUUCAAGCGGCCAAUUUGUCACAAACGCUCAUUUUCCUCCAAGUUGGGACCCUUAAAGAUAUGGUACUUAAUUGGAGUUAGGUACCAUGCGUGCAUGCAUGCAUGCAUGUAUUGAUAAACCUAUACAUAAUUGGCACAGUGCAUUUAUUAUCGACAUUUACACGAAGUAAUCUGCAUAUAUAUUGGCUAUGAGAAAGCCUAAAUGUUUCU